UUAAGUCAAUUAAAAAUGAUUAAGGAAGCAAACGGGACUAUUUGGUAAAACAUACUAGAUCUGUUGCAGGAUUUUCAGCAUUAAUGUUUUAAAUGUCUCAUAUAUCAGCACACUGCUAAGCACUACUAAACACUUCGUAGCUGUACCGUUGUAGGAGCCACGAAGGUGAUUAUUAUAUAUGUUCUGUCUAAUAUAAAAUGAUAGUUGAUAUGAUAGUUUAAUGGUUUAUAUUUGGGACACUUGGGUUGUUAUAUUUGGUUGUGUUUGUUAAUUGCAUUUCACCGUAAUUGGGGGCGGUAACCCUAUGAACGGAUUAUAAUAGCAGGCACAGACGGAAGUAGCGAGGGUGGAAAGUGAGAGGGUGAGUGACGGGGACGCCGUAUUUUUGUUGACCGCUUGUUGAGCGCUUGUUGACUGCUUGUUGAACGCUAUUGGCGCUAUUGACCGCUAUCGCUAACGCUAUUGACGCUGUUGGCGCUAUCACUAUUGUUGCUACGCUAUUGUUGCUACUGUUGACCGCUAUUGACGCUGUUGCUGGCUGCUGCUGCGCCGCUGUUUGCUACGCUGCUACGUUGUGAUUUUUCUUUACUUUGAGCACGUUAUGCAUACCGGAUUAUGUUGGACUAAUACUUCAAUAAACCUGUCGAAACGCAUCAUUGGUACAGCGCGUCACAAUCCGCUACACCCAUAACUUAGUCGCUGAGAGGCUGUUUAUUUGAAUACAUGUCGCUACAACCGUAAUGGUAAAGAGUGUCUUGGUUGGACGUUAAUACCCCUGCGACGUACUCAUCACUGGUUUCUCUUUCAGACGAUGUAUUCACCUGAGACCACAUCUACCAGUCUCCCACUGUGUCCCUCUCCCUGUGAUCCUCCCGCAUUGGGAGAUGAUGAGAUCUACCAUGUCUUCGUCAGCUACAGCAGCACUGACUACCAGUGGACCCACUCGGUCAUCCACCGGCUGGAGGCCUGUGGCCUGAAAGUCUGCUACCACGAGCGCGACUUCACUCCCGGCCGCACUGUGCUGGAAAACAUGUCCGACUGCAUCCAGGGGAGCCAGAAGGUCCUGCUGGUUCUGAGCCAGGAGUUUGUGAGGAGCCGCUGGUGUCUCCUGGAGGCCAACAUGUCUUUGUUCAGAGACUGCCUGGGGCGGAAACCCAUCGUCCCGGUGGUCCUGGAGCAGGGAGUCCCUGUUCCUCUCCACCUCUGCCACCUCACCUACCUGGAGGCCGACGACCCGGACUUUGAGAGCAAGCUGCUCAAGGUGCUGUGCACCCCCAACCGGCAGCUCCAGGGCUCCACCGUGGUGCCCUUCCAGCCCCCUUCCAUCUACAACGGGAAGGCCCUGCAGCCUUUGCUUUCCGUCAACGAGGAGGGACUCAGCAAGUGGGAUUGCGGGCGCUUCAGUGACAUGGAGGUGCCGGACCAACUGCGUCUGGUGAUUGAGGACCACGAGAAGUACAAAAAGGCUGUGAGGAUUAUCAACGAUGUCCAUCAAACGAAAGUGGCCUCACUGUGGCUUAGAGCACUGAGGCCUAUUAUCGGUGGAAUCUUCUUUCUACUGUUGAUAGCACUAGCUACAGUUACGAUUAUUGUGAUUACUUCACUUAAAUCAAAACACCCAGACAAUACGUCAAAUCUUAUGGCGGUCGUCCUUACUUGUAUAUACUGUGUUGUUUUUUCUUUGGUUAUUGACGUUGCUUUGUGGGAAAAAGAUCAACUGAAGUUCAUAGUGAAGGAAAUGCAGAAAGCUGUGGGCCAAGCCAACGUGAUCCUCUCUGAAGAGAAAGUGUUAAUGGGCUGUUGGUCACAUUCAAAGAUCUAUCUGGUCUACAUUAAUCUGGACGGAUGCAGGGGAGAGUUUGCAGAAACCUUUUCUGAGGAGGGCUGUGCCGAGGACAUGUUUAAAAGAGCCCUGACCUUCUUCUCAUCAGGAUAUGCCUGCUGCCUUGCUAAAAGAGACUUCCCUUUUUCUCAACUCACCUCCACUGGUCACCUGGAGGGAAUGGUGUGUUUCUGUCAGUAUGUCUCACAGAGGCUGAGAGCAGAUCAAUGGGAAUAGAAAUGUUUGUUGUUUCCUUUAGAUUAAAGCUCACCCAGCCGCAUAAAAGCACAUUUCUGCACAGUGUGUUUUCCUUAGUGAGCUCAUAUUCAUUCAUGUUUUUUAUCAUGAUAUCUUGCAUAAUGUCUAGUCUGUUAUGUACACAUUUUUAAAUUUUACUUUUAUUUUUUAACUUUAACUUUUAACUUUGAAUAUAAGCGUAUUUCUUACAUACAGAUAAUUCUGCAUGUGAUGUCAAAUUGCACUUUUUAGAUUUGUGUAUCAGGGAACAUUUGCUAAAUUUGACAGACACUGUGUAUUGAAAAUUGAGCACUGGGCUCGCUUAGCCAAAGUUUUUGGAUUGAUGUUCGAACGUUUCAAGUGUCCAAAUCGCACCAAGCUGAACAAAGCACUUCUUUGGGUCACCGGCAAUACUCCCGCCAAGCGGGAAGUAGAUCGGAUGAGCCAGUUUGGAGAAACUAUGGGUUUUUGAAAUUGUCUGUAUUUGCAAAGUGAACUACUGAAGGUCAGUAGAAAGGAAUUCAUGAUACGUGUUUUA